UUUCAGGUUGCUGCAGGGCUUAAUUUCACUGUGUUCCUAACAAGACAAGGUCAUGUCUACACAUGUGGGUCCAACACACACGGCCAGCUUGGUCAUGGUGACACUGUAGACAGGCCAACACCCAGAAGCAUUGCAUCACUUGAGGAAGUUGGCUCUGUUGUUCAGAUUGCUGCUGGUCCAAGUUAUGUCCUGGCUGUAACUGGAAAUGGGGAAGUUUACUCGUUUGGUUCUGGUUCUAAUUUCUGUCUUGGACAUGGAGAACAGCAUAAUGAGUUCCAACCACGUGUGAUCCAGACAUUUAAGAGAAAGGGCAUUCAUGUGGUCCGUGUCUCUGCUGGUGACGAGCAUGCAGUGGCGCUUGAUUCCAGUGGAUUUGUAUAUGCUUGGGGCAAAGGUUACUGUGGUGCUCUAGGCCAUGGUGAUGAGAUUGAUAAGACUAUUCCAGAACUCUUGAGCAGCCUUAAGAGCCACCUAGCUAUCCAGGUGUGUGCAAGAAAGAGGAAAACGUUUGUUCUGGUUGAUAAUGGUUCUGUUUAUGGCUUUGGGUGGAUGGGGUUUGGUAGCCUUGGGCUUACAUAUGAUAAAGUUAUGAAGCCGCGAAUCCUUGAUAGCUUAAGAGGUCACCAUGUUUCUCAAAUUAGCACUGGUCUGUACCACACUGUUGUAGUCACUCAACAAGGGCGAAUAUUUGGUUUUGGAGAUAACGAGCGAGCACAACUUGGACUUGACAAGUUAAGAGGAUGCCUUCAACCGACUGAAAUUUUUAUUCAGCAAAUGGAAGACGAGGCAGAUUGAUAGGAUUCAGCAACUCAGCAAACCCAACAAUGAAAUGUAACAGUAAAAAAAGAAAUGUAACAGAAAGUUCAAGAACUGAAGGUUGUAUUUGAAUGAUUCAGACUCUGUAUUACACUUUUGGAAAUGCAAACAAAAACCAGAAUAAAAGCCUACUGCGUACUCAAAAUACUCAAACAGAUUCAAAGAAAAAAAGAUAACUCUGCUGUGCUUCGAGGGCCAGCUGCCUCCCAAUAAACCUUGUCUUCUCUUUCUCCUUUCCCUCACGAUCUGCUCUCUUUUUGUAAUGCCCAGUAUAACAGAAUGUUGUACUGCUCCUCUCCCAUAUUGCCAUUUGUCUUGUGCUGACUGUCCUCUGUCCUGUUCUGUUUUGCCAGCCUAGCUUGUGAUCCUCUGCUAUGCUUCCUUUGCCUAUUGUAGACCUGCAUUGCAUGUGAUCUAUCACAGAUCUUGUUUCCCAAAGCGCAUGACC